UGGGGCUGGUCGGCGCGCAGGAGUGAGCUGCUCCAGAAAGGGGCGAUCGCGGCUGGAGGUAGCCAGGAGGGCUGGAGCCAAGCGGGCAGCGGGCUGAGUAAGCCCGUGGUCGUCGGCCGCCGCGAUGUCAGCGCAGUGCUGUGCGGGCCAGCUGGCCUGCUGCUGUGGUACUGCUGGCUGCUCCCUCUGCUGCGGCUGCUGCCCCAAGAUCCGACAGUCCCGGAGCACGCGCACCAUGUAUGCGCUGUACUUCAUUCUCGUCGUCCUGCUCUGCUGCGUCAUGAUGUCCAAAACCGUGGCUAACGAGAUGAAAGAGCAUAUUCCAUUUUAUGAAGAUAUCUGUAAAGGCAUUAAAGCUGGUGACACCUGUGAGAAGUUGGUGGGGUAUUCUGCAGUGUACAGAGUCUGUUUUGGAAUGGCCUGUUUCUUCUUCAUCUUCUGCCUCCUGACCCUGAAAAUCAAUAGCAGCAAAGGUUGUAGAGCGCAUAUUCACAAUGGCUUUUGGUUCUUUAAACUUCUGCUGCUGGGGGCCAUGUGCUCGGGAGCUUUCUUCAUUCCAGAUCAGGAGACCUUUCUGAAUGCCUGGCGCUAUGUGGGAGCCGUCGGAGGCUUCAUCUUCAUAGGCAUCCAACUCAUCCUGCUCGUUGAGUUCGCACAUAAAUGGAACAAGAACUGGACUGCAGGCACCGCUACCAACAAGCUGUGGUACGCAGCUCUGGCCCUCGUGACACUCAUCAUGUACUCUGUUGCCACCGGAGGCCUGAUUUUGAUGGCAGUGUUUUACACACAGAAAGAUGGCUGCCUGGAAAACAAAAUUCUCCUAGGGCUGAAUGGGGGCCUGUGUCUGCUCAUUUCAGCAGUAGCCAUCUCGCCCUGCGUCCAAAAUCGACAGCCCCAUUCCGGGUUACUGCAGUCAGGGCUCAUAAGCUGCUACGUGACGUAUCUCACUUUCUCGGCUCUGUCCAGCAAACCCGUAGAAGUAGCUCUAGAUGAGCACGGGAAGAAUGUGACAAUCUGUGUGCCAGAGUUUGGUCAGGACCUGUACAGAGACGAAAACUUGGUUACUGGCCUGGGUACCACUCUCCUGUUCUUGUGCAUCUUAUAUUCAUGCUUGACAUCAACGACAAGGUCAAGUUCUGAUGCUCUGCAGGGGCGAUACGCAGCUCCAGAACUGGAAGUAGCCCGCUGUUGCUUUUGCUUCGGCCCUGAUGGAGAGGACACUGAAGAGCAGCAGAACGUGAAGGAGGGACCGCGGGUCAUUUAUGAUGAGAAGAGAGGCACCGUGUACAGCUACUCCUAUUUCCACUUCGUGUUCUUUUUGGCUUCCCUCUAUGUGAUGAUGACCGUCACCAGCUGGUUCAACUAUGAAAGCGCCAACAUCGAAACCUUCUUCAGCGGAAGCUGGUCCAUCUUCUGGGUCAAGAUGGCCUCUUGCUGGAUGUGUGUGCUCUUAUACCUGGCGACCCUGGUCGCUCCCCUCUGCUGUCCCUCUCGGCAGUUCUCCGUGUGAGGAGGACCUGAGCCGGCCUGCAGGUUGGAAGUGACGUGCUUUGAAGAAGUGUCCCAGGGGUCUGAGCCGUGACUGGUGCUUUGUGGAAAGCUGGCAUCCUCUGGCUGGUUUGAGUGAGUCUGAAAAAGGCUUUCAGAGGGGGAAAAAAAAAAGUCACCUGAUUGACUUUUUAAUUCGGAAAAUCAAGAGAAAGAACCAUUUUACUCCAAAAGAAUUGAAAUUUUCAACCAAGCUGAUCCUGAGGGAUAAUAUAUUUUGUGUGUGUGUUAGCCCUAAAAACUGGAAUAGAAAUUAGGCUAGUAUUUUCCUUCUGUUUUUUUUUUUUUUGUUUUUUUUGUUUUUAAACCAAAACAGAGUUUGGGGCACGACAGGGAUAAAUCUGCCCUUGUCAUUUUUAUCCUUGGAAUAGAAAAACUUGCCAAAAUCUCAAACCCUCAGCCCCUGACAGAAUGCAGACCCCUGUCACGCACCUCAGCCGGGACUCUCGUCUGCAGUGGGCUCUGCAGCACUCGUCCUGCUGCCCCCCGCUACUUGGUAUUUAUAGGGUACAAGAGGAAGCACCUGCUUUGAACUCCACCCUUGUGCUGUUUCCUCCUGGCCCCCAGACGUUUCCCUUUGAGGCUGUGGUGCUGGGAAUCACAACUUCACUCUCUACCCUUGCCCUUCCCAGAGGUCCCCCAUCCUGUCUGGCCUCGCCAUCUCUGCUAUAAUGUGAAAAAGCACAAUUUGCCAUCACUACCGUGUGGUUCCCCCACUGUACUAUUCGUUCCUGAUCCGAGUUCUGGCAAUAAUCAUGACUCCUGUCUGUGGUGUUGUUCACAUGAUUGUAGAAAAAUAUCCAUGUUGUUUUCUUUGCCUGAACGGUGGAAGGCUAUCGUUCUUACUUGUUUCUAUUAAUUUUAACAAUACUCUAGGACCUUACCUGAAAAGUCGCUUCUUAACCGAAGCCCACGGCACCUCUCUUUUUUUGUGAAAGUCAGCCAGUUUUUUUUCCACCUUAAGGCCUUUGAAGUUGUAAAAGCAAAAGGGCUCUUGUUUCCUGGAUCUGGAAUGUGAAUGAUAAUAUUUACUGUGGUUUUUGGAGUAAAUUUGCUGAGGUGAGGAUUCCAGGCUGCACCUCAAACUGGGCUUACCAGAUAAGGCCUUUUGUACAAGUUGUAGAAGUGGCCAAAUAUACUUAAAAGAAACGAUGGGUUGGGGGAUGGGGGGGGAAGAUGGGUAUUUAAUUAAGCCAUAAGCAACAUCCACGGAGAUUUCCAAAAAUACAAACUUGUAAAGUAAUCCUCGUAAGAGGUUUGACUUUAGGCAGCUGCCCAAGAAGAUACUCAUGUUCAGUGUUGAUGUCUGUCCUCAGUCAGGGAAGAGUUUUCUCAGCGGAAAGUCCGUCGGAGACCCCAGUGGAGAUGUGGUGCGGAGGCUUCUGUGAGUGCCCGGUAAGGGUGGAGAGCGUCUUCUUGAGCUCUCUGGCACAGAGGGUCUGAGAAUAGAGAUACUUGGCCUGUCCUUUGUGUAUCCUGCCGAGUUGGGCAGAAUCGGGUCUCAGUGUGCCAAAAUGCUGGUCUGGGGAAUUAGAUUCUUCAUUUCUGCUCCUUUGCCUUCCUCCCAGGAACACAAGCGGGGAGACAACUUCAGUGGACGAAUUCUUCUAGAAUCUUGCCUUAUUUCUCAUGUUUGAGAUUCCGUUUUGAAAGGCACUCAUGUAUGAGUGAGAGCCUUGUUUUGCAAACUUUAUCCCAUUUCUUAUUUGAGGCCAGAUGCUCUUCGAGCUUGGCAGUUGAAAGGUCCUCUGGCGUCACAGAAUGGAAGGCCGCCAUGCGCAGCCCCUGUUAAGCCCCUUGGCCUGGGAGCUCUGUGGGUCGGGGACAGGUUGAGGGACUUGGCCGUGUGUGGUAGCUCCCAGCAGGAACUGUGGCAGUGGCUGGCGCGGUGACACAGGGCAGUAAGCCAAGAGUGGCUUUAGGAAAGACCUCGAGAAGAAUCCCAUCAAAAGCUGGGAUACUAGUUUCAUUGUGUUUUCUUCCUGCUGGAGUCUUGCUGCUUUGGGCAGCCAACUAUGUGACUUGAGAACUGGCCUCAGGGCAGGUCACGGUCCAGCUGACAAGGCUCCUGUUCCUUGGCUGGCCUUUGUUGGCAGGCUUCCCCUGCAGAAAGAAGCUUAGGGAAACAGAAAGGAAAGGACCAGGGCCUUCAGAGUUUCCUUCUUUAGCUGACCCAGCCAGACCGUGUUUGCCAGCUGCUUCAAAUUGGUUUGUGGCCCAAAGUUCUUCUUGAAGUGUAGUCUGAUGGAAGAGAUAGAGUUGCGGUCACUCUGAUUUUUAUCCUCAACAGAAUCGAAGCAAGUUUAUCUGAACGAUGGGAGAGAUGUGAAUAUACUCGAAGGACUGAGGGCAUAUAAAUAAGUCGACUUUAAUGAUUAUUAAUUGUUAUAAACAAUACUCAGGUGAUGAGUUAAUGUUUGUGGGUAUAAAGAACCUACAUUCUCUUGCUAUUGUGAUUUGAGAAACUGGAAAAAUUGUGUCAAUUGCUUUCAGUUGCUGUAAUGAUGCUGUUCAUUGGGUAAGUUCACUGAUCUCUUUUUAAAAUAAUUUUGCUCCCUCCACCUUUCUGUACAUGAUUUUUAAAAGUACAUUCCCAGUAGCUGCUGGUCAGACUCCUUUAGUGAUUCAAGAGAAAUUUUUUUUUAAACUAUGUAUAUGUUUCUUUUGUGCUAUUCCUUAGAUAUGGAAAUAUUUUCCCUUCUCGUUUUCAUGAGUAAAAACACUAGGUGGGGAAAGGGAUUCUUCUGGGAAUGUUGCUGUAUACCUAGAUGGGUUAUCUGAGUUAAGGCUGGAGACUUUUCUGUCAAAAGCUUUUGGAAACCCGAUUCGGUCCUUACUGGGUUGAGUUUUUGUAAUACUGGUUAGCGGGUUUUGCUUUUGUCCUCUCUGUUCUUGGGAAAUAGCUUGAGAGAAUUGUUCCCCAGAGGUGUUUGGGGCUCUUUCGUGGAGUUGAAGGACUGUCUGCAUGUGGGCUGUUGGACGGUGGGGUUACAGAGAUUUGGGGUUCUGGUGCCCAUCAGGAAUGGACAGCAAUUGGGCCCCCACACCUCAUCUUUUAAAAUUUCCAGUUCCUCAGAGGAUCCUUCAUUUUGGGUGACCUUCAUGUAGCGCUAAUCCCCACCCUCACCCCCGUAUUGUCCCCCUCUGCCUAUUUAAGAUUAUGUACUUAUUUAAUUUUAGCCAGAAGUUUAUCACCAUUGGUGCUUCAUGUUACCCUACAAAGGGAAUUCCAGAGCCUUUGUUUAAGACACCUGGGCUUUCUUUCUCCUUUGACUGCCUUUCUAAAUAGCAUUUCAUUUCAGUGUACAUUUGUGUUCUACUCCUCUUGGAAGUGAAAGCAGUUUUAACCUAUAAUGAAGAAGGGUGUGACCUUGGGCUAUGACCCUGCCUGUCUAGAGAGAACACUGGGUCCUCCUUAAUCAGGGACAGUGCAGGAGUCACUCAGCUCAUGGAAUUCUCUGUAGGAUAGUCUCCUAAUAGGACUAACUCCCUCUGCUUUAUUCUUAAGGUCACCAUGUUUCCCACCAUCUUUACAAUGCUUGUAAAGCCUCAGACACAUUCAUCUCAGUGUUGCAUUUCAGGCAGAGAUGGGCACUCUCAUGUUGGACCUACGCUACAGAACUAGAGAACUGUUUACAUAGAUCUUUCCAACUAACGCUGGUCAUUCUAAAGAUCUUUACCUUUUAAAAAUUUUCUUCCUCAGUAAGUCACUUGCAGAGGCAUUCAUUUUGAAAGGGGGAAAUAUUUGGCUUUUACCAAAGAGGGUUUUUUGUUUGUUAUUAAACAAAAUUCCUUCAGAAAAACUUAAUUGGGUAAGGAUAGAUUAAAACCACAUAUGUCCAAAUCUGCUUCUUUAGGAGUUUAGUCAUAUUUAUGUGAGUAAAAUGAUGAACUCUUUAAGGUAAUCCUCUGGGUGAAGGAUCCUGGGAAGUUCUCUCAGGUAAAGAAAGUUUGCAACAGAUGUGUAAUAUAUGUCUUGAGAGUUAUUUAUAAGAAAUUUAUGAGGAUUGUUUUGGUUUCUUAUAUUAAAGAUUUAAGUUCUUUUUUUACUUUUGCAAAAAAAAAUUUUACGGAAGUUUUAUAAUUGUAACAUUAUUAAUUUUUUAAACUUUUCCAAAACAACUAGUUGUAGCAGAAUUAUGGGUUUAUGUUUUGCUCUAUUUAGAAUUUGAAAUGUAGUAUGUGUGAUAAAUUUACUGUUUGAAAUUUAUAAUAGCCUUGGAUAUGGUUAGAGUUUUGGUAACUUUUUUAAAAGUUAUUUUCUUCCCUCGAGUCACAAAGGCAACUGUGGGUUUAUAUUUGUUUUUUGAAUGCUAAUUUUUCUAUGAAGUGUCUGAAGUUGACCAGUCUUUUCCUAUGUAGAACACUCAGAACUUGUUAACUCUGUACUUUAAUAAAAAUUAAAAUGGAAAACUA